CCUAAUUGUUGUGAUAAACUUAUUAAAUAGUAAAUUGUUUUGUAAAUGGCUGCUCUGUUUCGAAACUUGGGUUUCCUUGGAGGAGCGUUGAUGCUCGGAGGAGCUGCAGCUAAUUCUGUUCUCUAUAACGUGGAUGGUGGUCAUCGUGCUGUAAUUUUUGAUCGGUUUUCUGGAAUCAAACAAAAUGUCACAGGAGAAGGGACGCAUUUUCUUAUUCCAUUGAUCCAGACACCAGUAAUUUUUUCCGUCCGAUCAACACCCCGCAAUGUUACAGUAGUAACUGGAAGUAAAGAUUUGCAAAACGUGAACAUCACUCUUCGAAUCCUCUACCGACCAGUUCCAGAAGCUCUACCCUCUAUUUACAGGGAUAUUGGGAAAGAGUACGCCGAGAAAGUUUUUCCUUCGAUUACAACUGAAGUUCUAAAAUCCGUAGUAGCUCAGUACGACGCUUCCGAGCUGAUCACUCAGCGUGAACUCGUCUCAAAGACAGUUCGUGAGACACUUUCAGAGAGGGCAGCUUCUUUCGGAAUUGUGUUGGACGACAUUUCUCUCACUCACUUGAACUUUGGCCGAGAGUUCACAGAGGCAGUUGAGGCCAAACAGGUAGCUCAACAAGAAGCAGAAAGAGCCAAGUUUUUGGUUCAGAAGGAGGAGCAAGUGAAGUUGGCCCGAAUCAUAGCGGCUGAGGGGGACUCUAAAGGUGCAGACUUGUUGGCGAAGGCGCUGAACGAGGCAGGUGAAGGACUGAUCGAGCUGAGAAAGAUAGAAGCAGCAGAGGAGAUUGCGAACAACUUGGCCAAGCAACGCAAUGUGUCUUACCUGCCGAAAGGACAGAACAUUCUGAUGAACCUCCCGACACUCAAUUAGUCCGAAAAGACUAAAUAGAAUAAUAACUGUUGCUUUCAAUGCAAGAAAACUUGAAAAUUAAAAGAGAUGAAUUGUUCGUUCUUGAUGAAUUGUUACCGAGACUUCUAUUGCCGAUUUGUAUCAGUUUGCAAUUGACCGCGGCUUCAAAAUGUCAAAAGAUCUUAAUUCAAAAUUCUAAGCGA